AUUGUAGACAAGGCCACACCCUUCACAGGAAGUGCUUUUGCCGUACAAAUACAUCUCUCAGUUACUCACAAAGCCAGUGGCGUCUUUUACAAACACAGAUGGAAAUGGAGUCUGACAUGGAACGAGGAGCCCAGAGCAAGCAGAGUCUAAUCAGUGAAAGUAACGGAGGUCUGGGCUGCUGUGGGUGGAUCAUUGUGAUUAUCUCUGCAUUUUUCUCCAUCUUGAUAUUUCCAAUCAGCGUUUUCAUAAGCAUUAAGAUUGUGAAAGAGUAUGAGCGUGCGGUCAUAUUUAGACUUGGGCGGAUAACAGCUCGAAAAGCCAAAGGACCAGGAAUCUUCUUCAUCAUUCCCUGCACGGACUCGUUUGUUAAAGUGGAUCUUCGAACCAUCUCAUUUGACAUCCCUCCCCAGGAGAUCUUGACCAAAGACUCAGUGACCGUUUCUGUGGAUGGUGUUGUGUACUUCCGUGUAAACGACCCCGUUGCCUCGGUGGCAAACGUGUCUAAUGCAGAUUACUCCACUCGCCUUCUGGCCCAGACCACCUUGAGGAACGUCCUGGGCACCAAGAACCUGUCUGAGGUCCUUUCUGACCGAGAAGGCAUCUCCCAAAGCAUGCAGAUGACUCUAGAUGAGGCCACAGAUUCGUGGGGAAUCAAGGUGGAGCGGGUGGAGAUUAAAGACGUUAAACUGCCACAGCAGCUGCAGAGGGCGAUGGCGGCCGAGGCGGAGGCGGCCCGUGAGGCCAGAGCGAAGGUUAUAGCAGCGGAGGGUGAGAUGAACGCAUCCAGAGCUCUGAAGGAGGCGUCUCUGGUGAUCGCAGAGGCUCCAUCUGCCCUUCAGCUCAGAUACCUCCAAACCCUCAACACCAUCGCAGCCGAGAAGAACUCCACCAUCAUCUUCCCUCUGCCCAUGGACAUCAUCAGCCACUUCAUGAAGAAAUGACCGCUGAAUAUUCAUAAAGUGCCCAGAUGCAAGCCAUUCAUUUAGACAUUUUCAAUAAUUUUCUUCUAUUGUGUCAUGUUUUAAAUGUCAUUUAUCUUUUACGAGAAAGAGUAGCAAGGUUUACAAAUGAUUUAUUUAAAAAAAUACAAUAUCAAUAUACUAUUUUAAAACAUACUGUAUAUCAAUGUGUAACAACUUUCAAACGGCAUAUUUGUAUAUACAAUAGGUAUGCAUGAAAUGAAACUAACAUUUAUAGUCAUUUUCAGCAAUGUGAACGAACCCAACAUGAGCUCUCACGUGUUUAGAGCCCAAAAAACAAGAACGUCUACGCACAUAAA